UCUCGGGUUCCGUCUUCCUAGACGGAACCCGAGUGCCGCCGUUGCACAUGAGGAAUGACACCCUGGCCCAUACGGCAAAAGAGAAAGCCGAUCUCCUGUGCGCUCUUUUCGCCUCCAACUCGACUCUUGACGACAACGGAAAAACACCGCCGACCAUCCCGCGGUGUCAGAGCUCUAUGCCUGAAGUACAGUUCAGACAGAAAACUGUUAGGCGAGCUCUGUUUUCGUUGGACGUCAGGAAGUCGAGCGGGCCGGAUGGCAUUUCUCCAAUCGUGCUUAGAACGUGUGCCCCUGAGUUGACGCCGGUGCUAAGGCGUUUAUUCCGGCACUCUUAUUCCAAAGGCGUAGUCCCUGACUCAUGGAAGUCAGCCCUUGUCCAUCCGAUCCAAAAAAAGGAGACAGUUCAGAUCCGGCAAACUACAGGCCUAUUGCUAUUACCUCCCUGCUCUCCAAAAUCAUGGAGAGCAUAAUUAGCCGUCAGCUCUUGGUAUACCUAGAGGGUCACCAGUUGAUCAACGACCGACAAUACGGGUUUCGCCAUGGUCGGCCGGCAGGUGAUCUUCUGGUAUACCUAACACAUAGAUGGGCUGCGGCUAUUGAAAGCAAGGGGGAAGGCCUGGCAGUUAGCCUGGAUAUAGCGAAGGCCUUUGAUCGUGUAUGGCAUAAGGCGCUCCUCUCUAAACUUCCAUCAUUUGGGCUUCCCGAGAGCUUGUGCAAGUGGACCUCCAGCUUCCUCACUGGGCGCAGCAUACAGGUCGUUGUCGACGGACAUUGCUCGAACCCGAAGCCCGUGAAUGCUGGAGUGCCCCAAGGCUGUGUGCUAUCUCCUACGCUGUUUCUUCUGCAUAUCAAUGAGGUGUCCAACCUCCAACAUUCAUUGCUAUGCAGAUGACAGCACUGGUGAUGCCGUAUACACGGGCCAUGCACGUCUCUCUCGGGAAAUCGUCGACCAGUGCCGGGAGAAACUUGUGUCUUCUAUCGAGUCCUCUCUUGAGAAGGUCGCGGAAUGGGGUAAAUUGAACCUUGUCCAAUUUAACCCCCAGAAGACUCAAGUUUGCGCGUUUACCACUAAAAAAACCCCUUUUGUCACAUCACCGCUCUUCGACAACACUUCCCUAAAAGCCUCGCCUAGUAUCGGAAUACUGGGUCUCGAAAUCUCGAGCGAUUGCCAAUUCCAUGGCCAUCUGGAGGGCAAAGCCAAAUUGGCUUCAAAGAAACUGGGCGUCAUUAAUAGAGCACGGCAAUACUUCAAGCCGGCCCACAUUCUAGCGCUGUACAAAGCGCAGGUCCGGCUACACAUGGAGUAUUGCUGUCAUCUCUGGUCUGGCGCACCCCAGUAUCAGCUCGAUCCAUUUGAGCGCGUGCAACGCAGAGCAGCGCGAAUUGUCGGGGACCCAGUACUCUGUGAACGGCUGGAUCACUUGGCGUUGCGUAGAGACGUCGCUUCAUUGUGUGUCUUCUACCGCAUUAAUCACGGGGAGUGUUCCGAAGAGCUGUUUUACCUAAUUCCUGCCGCCGAAUUCCACCUUCGCACGACACGCCACAAGUUAGGAUAUCAUCCUCACCAUCUGGAUGUGUGGCGGUCCUCCACAGUGCGGUUUACAAGGAGCUUUCUUCCACGUACUACAAAGCUGUGGAAUGAACUUCCUUGUGCGGUGUUUCCGGGACGAUACGACAUGGGUACCUUCAAAAAAAGCGCGUACACCUUCCUUAAAGGCCGGCAACGCUCCUGUGAUUCCUCUGGUGUUGCAAGAGAGUAUGGGCGGCGGUGAUCAAUUAACAACAGGUGACCCGUACGCUCGUUUGUCCUCCUAUUCCAUAAAAAAAAAAAAAUGGA